AUGCGCAACACUUGGCGGUUUGCCGGCCCGCUGCUGUUGCUGCUGUUGCUGCUGGGCUUGACCCCGACUGCCACUCUCGCCCAGGAAACGUGCGACGAAGCCUGCACAUGUUCGGCCAACAUCGCAACUUGUUCGCAAAUUCCGUCAAGUUUGCCCGUCAUCAUCGACUCUUUGAUUCUGGUCGCGAUUUCCGGUGCUUUGGGUUCGGGAGACAUGAAUCAUCUAUCGACGCUUCCUUUGACAUCCCUGCAAUUGUCCAACACUGCUCUGACCACAAUCGCAAGCGACGCCUUCUCCGAUUUUUUCAUUGAAACACUGGUCAUAACAAACAAUCCGAAUCUAUUGACCUUCGAGUCUGGAGUCUUCAACGGUCUUUCGACCCUCACCACACUUACGAUAAGCAAUAUUGGCGUGGGCCUGACCGACCUCAGCAUGGUGGAGUUUUCAACAAUCCCCAAUCUUGAAACGCUGUUUGUGACAAACACCAGAAUCACGCAAAUGCCCUACAGUUUGCUGCAAGAUCUUCCUCAGCUGAAAAGUUUAUCCUUCCGAGACAGCCCGAUGGUCGCAUUCCCGCCCGCACCGACCCCCGACAAUCCAUCGGCACUCGAACAAAUUGACAUGUCCAACACGGCCAUUACGAGCAUCCCCGCCAAUGUGUAUCCUGCCAGUUCUGUACCGAAUCUCCGCCAAUUACUGGUUCAACACUGCGGGUUGCUGACCAGUAUCUCGGCAGAUGCCUUCCAGCUCCCAUCGUCCAUCAAGCUUUUAGAGGUGUCGUACAGCUCCCUCACCGCCGUUUCCGCUUCCGCGUUCUAUGGAUUGGCUGAUCUGACAAUUCUGAGCUUGUUUCAAAACGAAAUCACCAGCCUGGAUGCGGCUGCGUUCUAUGGCUUAUCGCAACUGACUCACCUAAACCUUGGCAACAACGGCGACCUGACUAGCCUUCCGAACGGCCUGUUUUCCCCGUUGGUUGCGUUGAGAGAACUGCACAUUUAUGGCGGCGGAUCCCAGCCUGGAGGCGGAUUGACAGUCAUUCCUGACGGAGCAUUUAAUGCGCUGGGUGCACUCACAGUACUGCAGCUGUAUUCCAAUUCUAUUCUCGGCUUACCGGCUCACAUUUUUGACUAUGCAACAAAUCUUCAAACCCUGCGGCUGGACCAAAAUGAUCUAGAGGCAUUCCCCCAAGGAUUCUUUGACUAUGCAGUUAAUCUUCGAAGCCUGGACGUGAGCGGGAAUGCCAUCACGACGCUGUCCGCCGACGUUUUCAAUCAACUUUCGUCCAUGACCACCCUGAAACUCAACGGAAACAACCUCACAGAGCUGCCUCCGCAGAUUUUCUCUGCCUUGACCAGUCUGACCACGCUGAACCUUCAGGGCAACCAAUUUACCACCCUCCCACCUGGCCUGUUCAUGGGACUGUCUGGGUCGUUAACCGUCAACCUCGACGAUAACGAUUUCAAUGUCGGAGUAGACGGAGCUCCACCGAGUACCUACAUUGACGGUGGUGGUAACGUUUACGAUACGGAAUGCUUUUCAUGCAACGACGGUUACGAUUGGCACACCUUGGACGUCGGUGGCUACUGCGUUUCCGGAGCUGCCAUCAACGCAAGCGAGGCCACAUCCGCGUCCAUGAUUUCUGCCACAGCGGCUUCUGAGGCAUCGGCUUUGGCAACUUCGCUUGCUUCGAUCGAGGCGUCGGUGAUUGCGGCUUCGCUGGAUGCGUUGAACGGCAAGGGCGGCGACUCGGAUGUCCUUCCUAUCGCGGUUGGUGCGGCGGUUGGUGGCGUCGCAUUCAUUGUUCUUAUUCUUGUACUGGUGCUGGUUUUGCGUCGCCGCUCCUCUCGCUCGCGACAAAGCAUUGCCCCGAUCCUCCCCACUGCUGCAAAGAAUACGCAGGAUGCCAAAUCCUCCAAGAACGACAUUCCGUUGCGCAGCGUUUCCUCGGCGUACAUCUACAGCAAUGGCGAUCCAAUCUACUCGUCGGUUGGGCAAGAUGGCGGCGUUUACUCGAAUCCAGCGCAGGCCAAAGCACCCCAGCUCGACAACCAGUACGACAACCAGGCCCAUGCGCCAUCCCCGUACGCACACUACGACAACAGCAACCAAGGUGGGAACAAACCUUCUUCGACCACCACAACCGCUGCUGCCCCGACUUCCCAGACGAGCCCUGCCAAUCAGUAUGACACUUUGGAGGUGAAUGUCAUCGCCCCAUUGGCUGCCAAGAGCCCGAUCCCCGUAAUUCCAACGGAAGAAGCCGAGGAGACUGCAGCUCCGGAGGCUGGUUCCGGGACGACGCUGCGCGUGUACGAGCAUCCCGGACCUGCAGCAACGGCCUUGCGGAAGGGUCUCAUUCUCGGCAGCACUCUCGGGUCUGGCGAGUUUGGCGUGGUCAUGCGAGGCUCUCUUGCGGUGGAACUCGUGCCUCGAGAUGCGCAGUAUCUGAUUCGCGAUCGCACUCGCCAGCAGCUGGACGUUGCGGUCAAGCUGCUCAAGGACGGCGCUUCUGAAAAGGCGCGCAAAGAGUUUGUGGAGGAGGCCCGCAUGGUCAUGCAGUUCAACAGCCGCUUUGUUGUGCGCGCGAUUGGCGCCGUCAUGGAAAGCGAUCCGUUCAUGUGCAUUCUGGAGCGCGUUCCGUUUGGAGAUCUCCGUGAUGUGCUGCAAAAGUCUGCACACGCCUCGAUGCACUGGAGCCACGCAGAGUUUGCUCACACGCUGCAGCAAGUCGCGUCUGGCCUCGAGUAUCUCGAGUCCAUUCGAUUCGUCCAUCGCGAUGUUGCCGCGCGAAACUGCUUGGUCGGCGCAGAGUUGACUGUUAAAAUCUCCGAUUUCGGGCUUUCGCGCGUGCUUGCCGAAGAGCAAGAUUACUAUCACAUGGAAACGCGUGGCCGCCUUCCCGCCAAGUGGAUGGCUCCAGAGUCGCUGUCCUUCCGCAAGUUUACCCACCAAAGCGACGUCUGGUCGUUCGCCGUUCUCGCUUGGGAGGCAUACUCGUACGGCGCGUCGCCAUUCAGCCAGCUUCAAGCUCGAGAUGUGUUGGCGCACCUCGAGGCUGGGCAGCGUUUGGAACGACCCGCCGCGUGCCCCGAGGACAUGUAUCAACAUCUUCUCCGCUGCUGGUCCAUCACUCCUGCGGAUCGCCCCAAGUUUACCGAGCUGAAGGGAAUUUUUGCAGCUGGCGCCGCAGGCCAUUCCAUUCGUGAUAUUGGUGGGCUGCUCAUGUAA